CAGGAAGACUACGCCCACUCGACGAUGACAUGCUGCUCCACGUUUCGUAGUCAAAAAGGCUCCCGAAUCUGUUGUUGUAGUCUUGUUUAAUGCGCCGUUUCAUGUUUUUAAAUAAUGUUUACAGGCCCUGCGACGGGUUAAAAACUCUACAUUGUAAUUUAAUAACAGGAAAACACACUGUGUUUGCCAACUUUGCACUUGCACGUAAAAGCAAACUACGAAGACGACUGAAGCCAAAAUGGACACCGUUUCUGUUCCCUUGUUUGAUGAAGAAUGGACAAACGAGAACAUUUUGAAGCUUCUGAAUGCGAUGAAAACGAACAUCACGGGGCGUGACCGAAUAAGAACGUGCUACGAUGGAGUCAAAACGCUCGACUGGGAGAAGGUGGCAUUUCCUCCCUUUUCACCCAAAGAUUGCCAACAAAGGUGGAAAAUUGUGUCGUAUAAAAUACGCAAGAUUCGAACCCUCACAGAGCUUGUUGAUGAAGUUGCAGACAAAUUUUCGGAUUCACCCAAAAACCAAGAUGCCCGGCGCCCAAAGAAACCCAGUCUUCCUCCAAUCAUCUUUUACCAAGAGAACAGAUACAAAUAUCAAGAGCAGCACCCAGAGUUAAAUCGCCAGAAGCUUUUCUCAUUAGUCAUGGACAAGUACGGUGCCCUGACAGAUGACGAGAAGGCCCUGUAUAGGAAGAAGUACCAGUGUGCACUUGCAGAAUACAGAAGGUUAAGGCCUGUGUCAGCGGAUGGUGAUCAGGGCAUGCAAGAGAAGCGGAAGUGCCGUUCCAAGAAGACGCCCAAAGGCAUGCAAGAGAAGCGGAAGUGCCGUUCCAAGAAGACGCCCAAAGCCAUGCAAGAGAAGAGGAAGUGCCGUUCCAAGAAGACGCCCAAAGCCAUGCAAAAGAAGAGGAAGCGCCUCUCCAAGGAGACGCCCGAAGCUGAAAGUGAACUGAGUUCGGACGAAUCUACAGAGGAACACCGGCCUAUAAGGCCGCCCUUGAGCGGUUACACCCUAUUCAUCAAAGAGCUGCGGUUGCCCAAGGGCAGUGCCCUCAAAAGACACUGGUUGCUCCCUGUCGCCGAAUGCUGGCGCAAGUUGAACGACGAGGAGAAGGAACGCCUCGCUGAACGCUGUAUGAAGAUGAAGAGCGAUUACGCCGAGAAGAAGAAGAGCUAUCUGUUGAACCGGAAAGAACGCAGAACCAAUGUUUACAAAAGCAAGGAUACCAGACCCUCAGAUUCCGAGGAUGAAGACGUUGAGGUCAGCAGCGCUGAAGAAGAGGAACAGUAUUUGGAUUCCAAUGAGGAUGUUGACGAGGAUGACUCGGGUGAAAUCUUCUUUGAUAUGUUUUAGAUGGACUUUGCUCUCAUUUGACGUGAAACAACAUGGAGAACCUGCACAGUAAUGCUGUAUAACUGUGACAUAAUGUUGAUAGUGUUUCUUUCCUUCAUCUUCCGUUCCGCUUAUCCUCACUAGGACGCGGGCAUGCUGGAACCUAUGCCAGCAAUCUUCGGGCGAGAGGUGGAGUACACCCUGAACUAGUCGCCAGCCAAUCGCCGGGCAAAUAGUGUUUCUUGUUUAAAAAAAAAAAAAACGUAUAAAUUACCAGCAAUGACAAUGUCAUUAUUCAGGUAGUAAUUAAUUACAUCUUGCGAACUUUGUGUGUCAGUUUUUUUUUUUUGUGUGUAAUACAAAUAUUUUAUUUUGUUAAUAAACAUGGUAGAAGACUUGAAAGUUUAAAUGUUUAUUAAAUGAAUGUGUUGUUGCAAUGUAAAAUGAAUACUUUGUGUUUUUAUUAAAAAAAAUUUAGGCCA